AUGCCGCGCGCAUCGAGCAGCGCGACGACGCUGCCGUCGCCCAUGGAUAUGACGCCCGAAGGCGCUCGUAUUAGCGCGCUCGUAUCGACGGGCAUCCUCGACACCGUGCCCGAGCCAACCUUUGAUGCUAUCUGCGAAGCCGCAGCCCACGCGUAUCACUGCCCCAUGGCUGCUGUCACGUUCAUCGACAACACGCGACAGUGGUUCAAAGCGGCGAGAGGCCUCUCGCGCGAGUACUUUCUGAGCUCUGAGAGUCUCUGCAACACGGUCGUGACGUCGACCACGCCGCUGAUCGUCGUGAACGCGACAAAGGAUCCUCGUUUUCGAGCCCACCCACUCGUCGUUGCCGCGCCACGCGUGCGCUUCUUUGCAAGCGCGCCCAUUCUCUUACCGGGCUCGUCUAUCGUACUCGGCACGGUCAUCGUCCUCGACACGAAGGCACACUCGAAGACACAGUCCACGGAGCGCCUUAUUGCACUCGCUGCCGCUGCUGGUCGCCUCGUUGUCACCGAGCCAUGUGGCGGGCGCAAGAAGCUGCAUCAGAACGCGUUUUAUUUUCCAACCAAAGACGAGUUUGCCGCUGCGAGGGCAGUCGGGCAACCAACGGACCCGUCGGACUCGAUUAACUGGUGUGCAUCGAGCCGGCUACGUUACGUGCGGCGCCGUGACUUUCAGCGCAUUGAUUUGAAGCCUCGUGGCCCCAUCGCGUUUGACGCACCGAUUUGCUCGGCGAGCUUGAUCGACGAGGACUGCCAGCGCUUUAUUGUCCAUGGAAAGCGCGUGCGCGUGCACCGAAGAGACGCACUAGACGCACACGUCGUCCGCACCAAGGCCGCCGUCUGGGUCAGCGACACAUCGCUGGACCCUCGUUUUCGCGACCACCCGUGGGUUCAAGGCGCGACGUCAAGUCCGUUCCGACGCCCGAUCCGGUUCUACGCGUGUCUCCCAAUCUACUACAAGAACGAGCUCCUCGGUACAUACUUUGCUAUGGACUUUGUACCGCGCUACAACGCGUCGUUCGAGGACUGGAAGGCGCUCAACAACGAUGCCUACCCCCACGCAAGCGCGAUCGAGGUUGAAAUGGCCCUUACGACACCACUUGUCUGCAUACCCUGUGCGUGGGUCACCGACCUCGUGCACUGGUGGAAGUGGCGCCAUGCUUCCGACGCAUAACAUUGCACAACAUAUAUGGCUCUACAGUUGACACUAAAAUAGACAAGUUGUUCGUGGA